AUCGCAAUGCUGUUAACCGUCAGAAUUCUUGAAGUUUUUGACAUUUCUCGGUUGACGAGAUAUGAUGGGGUGUUAGAGUUGGCCAAUGUGAAAUGUAAAUUAUAUAUCCACUUUGUACAUAUUGUGAUAUGAAAAAAUAACCUGCUCUAUUUUCGCCACACGGCUUCUUCAAAGUUAACUUCAUAAUGGCCACGCAGCCGAGUGACAACACGGAGUUUCCGCCCGAUAUUAUCCUGAAACCCUUGGCUCUAAUCGGACUCUCAGGUUUGGACACUGUAAACAAUGCAAUUCAUAAAACAAUUUGGGACGCAUUUUCCAAUAAUAGACGACCAGACCGCGCUUCAGUUAGAUUCAAAUUAUUAAAUAACACGUUUGAAUUUCCUGUCGUUAAACCUAAAAGAAACUCGUAUGAGUGGUAUAUACCGAAGGGAAUAUUAAAGAAAAACUGGAUACAAAAACGUGUGUCCUUAAUACCAGCCCUCGUUGUUAUCUUUUAUGAUAUGGAAUGGAAUGAUCCACAGUGGAAUGAAAAGAUUAUCGAAUGCGCAUCAAGAGUUCAGUCAAUCCGUGCUGCGGUAGAAGGGCACGCUACUCGAGUUGCAGUCGUCGUAGUUCAGAGUGGUCUGUCACCUCCCCCCUCUGAAUAUAUGUUGGGAGCAGAAAGAGCUCAAGCUCUUUGUUCUGCUUGUGAAAUACAAUCAAAAUCACUCUUUGUUCUUCCUCAUAGUGACCAUUUAAUGGGGUACAUAAUAAGACUAGAAAAUGCCUUUUAUGAUAUUGCACAGAAUUAUUACCACCAUGAAACAAAAAACAUCAAACAACACAGAGAUCACUUGAAUAAAACAACUCAUCACUAUUUAUUUGUGCGACAUCAAUUUAAGCUGGGGUUUUUGAAUGAACUGAAGCAAGACUUGAGUACAGCCCAUAAGCACUACAUGCAUGCUUACAAUAACUUACUAGAGACAAGACAGGUUGAUACCAAUAUACAUGAGAUAAGAACAGUCGCAGGAUAUAUCAAUUAUAAACUUUGUAAGUUGCUUUUUGCUCUGAAUCUAGCCAGAGAUGCAAUUGCACAACUUAAAUCACACAUUGAGAGGUACAAAAAUAGAAUAGGACCCACUGAAUUGCUCUUUGAACAUUACGCUUGGAUUGCGAGACAGUACAGUGCAUUUGGAGAAUUAUUUGAUGAAGCCAUCAGAGUUGGGCUACCUGGUAUUCAGUCUCAACACCCAGGCUUCUAUUACCAGCAUGCAGCUCAAUUCACAGUUAAACGACGUCAAGCAAUGAGAUCAGUUUGCUGUGAAGCUCAGCAGUAUCCUCCACCUCCAGAUCCCAUGGAAGGUAUUGUUGAAUUUUAUGGGCAAAGACCUUGGAGACCAGGAAGACUCAGUGCUGACCCUCAUGAUCCUCAAAAAGAACAAGCUGCAAUACUCGCACUCCAGUACAAUGAAAGGGUUUUUAAUCAUUCUGCUGUUAUAAUAAGUUUUCUAGGUAGUGCGAUUUCCCAAUUUAAGACAUUCCACUCCCCUCGGAUGAGAAAACAGCUAGUAGUUGAAAUGGCAAAUGAGUAUUAUUAUUGUGCCGACUAUGGUAAAGCUCUCACACUACUCUCUCAUAUGCUCUGGGAUUAUAGAAAGGAAAAAUGGUGGUUUUUAGCCUCACAUGUUUUAAACCGAGCAUUGCAAUGUGCAUAUCUGUCAGCAAAAAUACAUGACUAUAUCCAACUUUCAAUUGAGGCACUGUCAAAGAAUAUUCAAGUGCCAAAUAAUGAUAAAGACAGAAUUUUCAGGAAUAUAAUAUCUGUACUAAAUUUAAAUGUACCAGCUCCAGAACAUGAUCUGCCGGCCUCUUCUCAGGGUAAAGCAUUAGAGUUGUGGGGCAUGGCCAUUGAUAAGGAACCGCAUAUUGUCACUAUAGAUAUGGUCAACAUUGCUAGUUUUCUUGAAAUAAAAACAAAAUUCAAGCAACAAAAAUACAGAAUGGAUGAAUUAAUUGAAAUUGAAAUAUUUGCACGACUCACAUAUAAUACAAUUCUUGAAAUUAAAACAGCCAUUCUAACAAUAUCCUCAAACACUGAAACUAUUGAAAUACCAAUAACUGAUAAUGACAAUUCAAUUAUAAAAUUAGAAGGUUGUAGUGUUAAGAAGUUUUUGUGUAAAUUCAAAACAAAUUCUCAUGAUAAUGGAUCAGAGUUAAGUAUAAAAAAUGUGUCAUUUAUUCUUGAUUCUGAUAAAAAAAGGAAGAUCAUUAUGAAUUUCAAAAUAGAAGACAAUAAAAGCUUACCCAUUAUUCAUCCCGAGUUACUACAUUUCAUACUGAGUCCUAAAAAUGAUUAUGAAUUUGAUUGUAUUGUUCCUUUGACUACAACAUUCAUUACUAGUAGAGAGUGUAGACUAUCAAUAGGAAUUGAUAAUGCAGUGCCUGCUCUUCAAGGAGAAUGGUUUCCUACAACUUUUACUGUGACUAAUAAUGAAGACAGUUUGGUCUAUGACAUGACAAUAGUUCUUUCACUUUUGAGCUCUCCUGACAAUGCUAAUCCUGAAACUGUAACAGAAUUGAGCUUUAAACAAGGUGAACCACAGUCUCCACCUUUGAAACUCCUUAUAGGUAAUGUAAAUAAGGCUUCAACUUAUUCAAAUAAAUUCUAUUUGAAGACCAACAGAACUGCAACGGCAACAGUUCAAAUUAAAGUGUCAUAUAACAUAGACCUGAAUGAAACUCCUAAACUUGAAUGUGUUAAAGACUUUACUACAAAAAUUUCAGUUAUCAAGCCUUUCGAAGUAUCCACUAACUUUGUUACAAUGAACUUCAAACCUGUCUCCAAAUGUUUUGUAGACGAUCCAUUUAUAGUUAUGCCUCAAAUAAAGAUUUUAAGUCCAUGGGAUUUACUUAUUUUAGAUACUGAAUUAGAAACUGUGGAUUGCUUCAAAUAUGCUGAUGACAAAAAACCACCUUCUUGUAUAAGUAAUUUACAAGUAGCUGAAAAAAACAUUGCAUCUGAUGCUAUAUGCAUCCAAGCCAAAUAUAAGCCAAAAGAUCUUCCCACAAGAGUUGGCUUGUACAACAUAAGGUGGCGACGGAAAACCAACACCGAUGGCAGCAUUGUUAUGAGCAGCACUGCACUGUCUGGAAUUACUAUAGAUGACUGUCCUAUUUCAAUUGAAGUUAACUACCCUGAAGUGGUGGAUUUGCAGACAUCUGUUCCGUUGAAAUGUACUUUGAUUGGAAAUACCAAUACAACAAUCAGGCUCAAUCUAUCUGUGGAAGGAACGGAUGCGUAUAUGUUUUCUGGGUACAAAAAGUUUUCCGUUACAGUGCCCCCGAAGGAUAAAGUUGAGCUAUGUUACAACAUUCAUCCAUUAGUUGCCGGUAAUACUGUACCACCUAGAAUAAAAGCUACUGUCCUCGGCGAAAAUUCUAGACAAGAGGUUAUAAAGGAAAUGUUUGAAAAAAUCUUUCCACAAAAUAUAUUUGUUAUGCCUAAAUAUAAUAAGUAAAUUGUAUUAGAUUUGUUGAUUCUUCAGGUUGAGAUUUGUAAAUAGUUAUGAACAAAUAUGUAAUUAUAAUGUAGUUACCCUGUAAUUAUUAUUCUUAGAAUAAAUUCAGUUAAUUGUUUUUAUGUCUGUUUUGUUAACAGAAGGUAUUAAAGUUCUUAUUGAAAAUAAACAAGAAUAUUUUAUUUUUACAAGUCUUUAUUAAGUAAAACACAUUAUUAAUUAAUCUUUACGAAGUUCAAAUUUCUCCUCCUGGAUGCCAUUUGCUGUAAUGAUCAGUAUGUAGAUACAGUCACCAGUGUAGAUAUCACGUUCAGCUGCACUGAUGAACACAUCCUUUAAAAGGGCUAAGGCUUUUUCUCUUGGCAAAGGCACCUCUGUUACAUUUUGCAUAUUUUUCAAACCUAUCUGGUUGUCCAAUAGAGGUUGCAACUGAGCCCCAGCAGAACCGCCAGCCCGGUAGUUAGAUCGUUCGCAAUGACCGAUAGGAUCAUAACUGUACACACAUCCUUUUCCAUCAGCAUCUAAGCCAGCCAAAACAUUAGAAAUAUAAUAUGGAAAGAAUCUCUUGUAGUAUAACAUAGUAGAUAGCAUCUGAGCUACAGCGGGCGUUGACAUUGCUUUAUUAUGUUCAUGUUGAUACAUUUGCAUUCUGGCGUGCAGUAACCGAGUAAGAGUAAGAGUAUCACACCAGCAUCCUGUAGCCCCGAGCACAGUCCGAUCGGAGAGUUUGAAAAGUUUUUUCUGUUCUCUUGUGUAGAUAGAGAAGCCGGUACUCAGUCGAGUGUCGGCUCCGAUCACAGCGUAGUCUUCACCGGCGAUGGCCACAACGCUUCCACCAUUGUCUGCGUAAGGUUCAAAACGAUGUUGUUUAGCGCCAGGCACUGCAUAUUCCGGAAAAUUUUCGUUCAUGCUAAGCAUUUUGGCUAUUUAAAUAUUAUAUUAUCAACGGAAAAUCUUUUUUGAGGGGAUGUUAGAAUAAUGACAUGCACAAAAUAA